CAGAACCGUUAAAACGAACACGAGGCCGUCUCUGCCUCAGUUCUCUUCUCAGGGUUUCCGCGGACAAAGAGUCGGUAUCGGCCAAUGGGUUCAGCCGAUGAUGGAGGCGACGAAGGACCGACGAAGACGGUGAUGACUCCAUGGGAGCAGCAUUCUGCAGUGAUAAGCAUCCCUCGCUUCGACUACAACGCCCCCGCCUCGCUUCUCCACCACUCUCACUCCGGCUUCCUCAUCACCUGCACUAUCAAGAGGGAGAAGAGCGCCACCAAAGAAGCCAUGGCCAUCCUCGGAAAGUUCUGCAGGCCAAAAAAUAAUGGAGAUCCUAGUCACUCGGAGUCGGAGAUUUCUGAUGAAGGUGGGAUUGCUAAGAGAAGAAAAGUGUGCUCAGAGGAAUCGGGUGUUGAGAGUGCGAAUGGUGGUGGGAGUGAGAGUGUGACAAUCGAAUCUAAGGAUGAAAAUGGUGGUCAUCCCCAAGAUGCUUGUUCGACCCCUAAAGAGGAAGAUGCAGAUGUUGAUAGAAAUUCUCUUCUUUCAUUAGUGAAGCUGAUCAGGAGUGGCUUGGUUUUAUUUACCUUCCCCAAAGGCCACUCCACAGAUACUGUUUCGAUUGUGUCGGAGAUUAUUCAGUCCCUGAAGUCUGGAAGUCAAAGCCCACCCCAGUGGUGCCAUCGCAUUUUCCCCAUCCAAGCGACUUGCAAUUUGAAUGAGCAGGCUCUGCAGACAGUGGUACAGAAUCUUGUUCUCGAAUUUAUGAAAGAUAAGCAAGAAAGAGCCAAUCAGCCUAUAAAGUUUGCAGUUGGUUAUAACAGAAGAGGCAUCGAAGAGGCAGAGUUGAAGACUUCGAAGCACACUUUACAGGGUUCCAAAUCCGAUAAAUUUCCCCUGUUGGACCGAAACAAGUGCUUUGAAGUUGUGGCAGGUGCAGUUAAAGGCGUGAUUUCAGAUUCAGUCGUGGACCUCAAAACACCAGAGUUAUGUGUUCUCGUUGAGCUUCUACCCCUGUCCGCAGUGCCCAGUGGGUCACUGGUGGUUGCAGUAUCAGUUCUUCCUGAAAAUCUAAUCACAACUAAGCCACGGCUGUGUGUCAAGGCAUUGGCUCCUGAUACCAAGACAAGGAAUGGGAAGAAUUGAAGGAUCUUAUUGGACUGAAUGUUCAGUGGGAUCAUCUGUUGGUUCAGACAUUCGUUUUAAGGUUUCUUGAACCUGCGAGGAGAUGAAUCGAAGAAAUCUCAACCUGCAAGAUUUCAUGGGAAGUCACUGAAAGGUGGAGCAACCUGAACCCUUUGUCAUGCACUGAAGAUGCUGCAGAUGGUUGAGGUUAGUUGGAAGCGGGAUUGGGUUUUGGGGGGUAUUUACUUGCCCACGUAAAACUGUUCUGAGCAGAGCCUGUGCGGGCUUGUGAUUUUAGAUAACCAUUAGGUUUCAAGCCUUGAGAGGUAGCAUUGUAGUAGUUUAUUUUGUCUAUGAUUAGGUACCCAAGUUAUUACUGUUUGCAGAAGUAUUUCUCAUGAGAUUUGGUGCCACUGUUGGUCCACCGUUUACUUAUUGUCUAAACUUCAAACAUAUUCAAAUACAGUUCUUUCCUUGGAGUUCGAAUCC